UCUGGGGUUCUCAGCUUCACAGCGCCUCAGAAAUGGUCAAAUGUGAUGACCAGGGUCAGGACCACAGCAGUUCGUCCUGUGAGAUCCAGCUGUCCACCGGGAAAAGUAAUGACCGUCUGUGGUACAUCAACCCCAUCUUCAUCGAGGAGUACUGCAGCAGCCUGGAGGCCUCCACCCUCGUCCCAGCUCCCAUCCACAGGAGCCAGAGUCUGAACACCCCAGGCCCGGUGCAGGUGCAGGUACCCCCCAUGUUCAAACGCCCCCCACCCAGGCCCCCAAAUGUCCCAGAGGGCUUGAUUCUGUCACAGGGGGCUAAGCAGGGUGCCAGAGGGGAAAGUGUCUCCCCCAGGUCUCCACCGCCACCGCGAACAGUAAUAACCAAGGCAGCAGGUCAGAAAGCGGAAGGAGACAGCAGCAAAGACACUGAGGGAGAGGGAGCUGCUUCUCAACUCGUCUUGGAGAAAGCGGUGUCAGUUACUGUUACUGACUCAGUAGCAGCUACUCAGUCUCUACAGCCACUGUCACCGCACAGAGGAACAACAGGACAGAAACACCCAGCACCCCGACCACCCCCACACAGGAUACCACUCGUACCCCUUCGGCGGAAACCCUCAGAGAACCGUCCCUCAAUCCCGGGACAGGAGGGCGGUGUUGGUCCAGUGCCUGUUGCUUCACUGGUCUGCAUCGAUGACACCACUAACAUGGCAGAGGAGAAGUUAGGAGUGGAAUCCCAUGCUGGUGAGACAGAGACACUGCAGAACAAAGGGACAUCAGGGGCUUCAAACAUCAGUGAGGUUGUUACCGUGGCUACAGCCCCACUGACGAAGAGGGCCGCACAUCCAGUCCCGCCUCCCAGGAAGAAGAAACCCUCUCAGUUCACGCCCACCAGUCCUCUCUCCCGAAAUGUGAUAAGUGGAGGACUUCUGUCAAUCAAUUCAUCAUCUGAUACCCCCCAGAACUCCAGCACCCCCUCGCCUGCCUCGAGGCCGACCUCCAUCCACGUGGGGGAGGCCAGGGGGACAGAUGUGUCCUUGUACUCCCCUGAUGGUGAAGCUGCCUUCCCUGCCCUGGAACAUGACUCCUACUCCACCAGCAGUACAGAGGAGGAGGCUGACACUGUGGCCAGCAGGGCUGUAGGGACCGCUGGGACCGGUGGGACCGCUGGGACCGCUGGGACCAACAACACCAAGGUGUCGAUGAAGAGGACCCCUACCAUCAUGCUGGACCGAGCCAAGCACCGCCUCUCCAGCGUGUUCACUAACUUCAUGAACAUCGACCACAAGCUCCAGAAGAGAAUCCUAGAGCUGUCCAGGGACGGGAGCUCCUACUUCGGCACCCUGGUGAAGGACUACAGGGUGUAUAUCCUGGAGACCAUGGGGAAGCACAGCUCCAGCACUGAGCUGCUGCAGGAGAUCAGGCAGAUGAUGACCCAGCUGAAGAGUUACCUUAUCCAGAGCAAUGAGCUACAGAACCUACUGGAGCCCAACAUCUACACAGAGGACAAAUUAGAGGUGAUUAUUGAGGCUGCCCUGUGUAAGGCUAUGCUGAAGCCUCUGAGGGAGGCUGUGUAUUCAGGCCUGAAAGACAUCCACGCCAGGGACGGCUGUCUGAAGAGACUGAGGGAGAACCAGAGUGUCGUCCUGGGUACCACCACCACAGAACUGGGGAUCUCCACCAGCGUCCCAGAGACCCCUGUCAUGGAGAAGAUCCAGCUGAAGUUGAUGACCCUCCACCAGGAAUACUCCCCUCAGAAGAAGAUUGAUCUGCUCCUUAAGACCUGCAAGAUCAUCUAUGAAUCCAUGUCUAUAGGCUGUCCAGGGAGAGCCCAUGGUGCAGAUGACUUCCUCCCGGUGCUGAUGUACGUCCUGGCCAGGAGCAACAUGGCUCUGCUACUGGAUGUGGAGUACAUGAUGGAGCUGAUGGACCCUAUCUUGUGUGUGUCACCAGGCUCCUACUACCUGACGACUACGUAUGGAGUGUUGGAGCACAUAAAGAACUAUGAGAAGCAGGUGGUGACACGGCAGCUCAGUCUGGAGAUCCAGAACUCUAUCCACCGCUGGGAGAAGAGACGCACCCUGAACAAAGCCAGCGUGUCACGUUCAUCUUUUCAGGACUUCAUCAACGUGUCAUUCCUGGAGGCGGGGUGUAACACUAAGACCCUGAGGGUCCGCCCCAACACCACAGCCCAGGACCUGUGUGCCCAGUGUGCUGACAAGUUUGAGGUGGCAGAGCCAGAGUCCUACAGCCUGAGUGUGCUGGUGGAGGGCCACCACCAACUCCUGGCCCCUGAGGAGUUCCCCCUCACUAUCAAGUCCAGUCUCCACCACAGUCAGCCCCUCAAGGAGUACUACUUUGUCUACCGGCCUGGAAGGACAGAGUCAGAAGGACAGGAGGCAGAAUCCCAGGAGGCAGAAUCCCAGGAGGCAGAAUCCCAGGAGGCAGAAGGACAGGAGGCAGAAGGACAGGAGGCAGAAUCCCAGGAGGCAGAAGGACAGGAGGUGGAGAGCGAGGAACCAGCUCCCGCAGCCGAGCCAGAACCUGAGGAGGAGGAGAGUCUGAUCGAGAUAUGAUGAGAUCAGUGUGCGGGUGCGUGGGUGUGUGCGUGCGUACAUGCAUGUGUGGGAUAAAGGAUCAAGAAGCUGCUCAAGUGAAUACAAUGGCUUCUGCCUCAAUCAUUAUAGCCAUUUUAAAUGAGAUAUUGGUUUUAGCCUUAUACACAACCAUAUAGACAAUGUUUAGGUCUGCCCUUGACAACGUGGAUACAUUCUGAAAGAAGAGAACCACCAUCAUCACCUCACCUUGAUCUUCAGGUCUAAAUAUCAAAUCACACAACAGGAGACUCAAGUUUACUUUAGCUUCCAUACAGAUGUGCUCUGUCUUAAUUUGAUCCGUUUCUCACAGCAGGACAAUAAUCCUGCAGCAACAGGAAAUGUGAAUUAUUAUGUGUAUAUUAUUAUUAUAAUUAAUGGAUA